AUGAAAGUGUCGCAAAUGGCCUCUCACCAACACGACGUUCCAAGGCGUCUGCCUAUGCUGCUCCCCGCCCCCGCUGGCACCAUUAAGCCGCCGGAGCAGCCGCGGAAGAGGCCCCGCCUUUCUGCGUGCGACGCUUGCCGCACCCGCAAAACAAAGUGCACCAAUGAACAACCCCAAUGCAGCCAAUGUAUCAAGCACCAAACCGCUUGCCGCUAUUCAGAGACGGAAGCGAGGGUCGUUAGAAAAAGGUACGAAGACCUCAAAACUCGCAUGACGGCUCACGAAGAGCUUUUUGAACUUUUGCGAUCUAUGCCCGAACCAGAAGCGAAAGAAGUGUUUCAACGUGCUCGAUCCGGUGAUAAGAUCGAAGAGAUCCUUGCUCAUGUCAAGAACGGAAGUCUACUUAUGCAGCUGGCUGUCGCACCUGAGACCAACCGCCGCUACGAAUUUCCAUAUCGCUCAGAGAUGCCGAUGCAUCUGCUCGUUCCAGACAACCAAUACUUGGGAUUCUAUAGUGUACGGCUCCUUGUCGGGUCUGUACCGAUCGGACCAUACUGUAUCCUCACGCCAUCUAGGUGCGUCGUGUGUACUGUUCAGAUUGUACAGGACCCGUACCUGAAGCCUAUCCAUGCAGCAGAACUUGACGAUCCAUUGUUGUCACAAGUAUCGGCCUCGAAAUGGACUAAUGUCAUCUCAAAUGAUGUACUUUUUCGAAGGCUGUUGAGUAAUUAUUUCCUUUAUUGUCACCCACUCCUAUACUGUUUCCACAUGAAGUAUUUCCUGCGAGAUAUGGUUGCCGGACAAACUCGAUUCUGUUCGUCCCUCUUAGUGAACGCUGUACUUGGUGCCGCUUAUCAAACAUAUGGCGCAGACCCUGACCGAUCCAAGCAUUGGCUGCCGGAUAACCUUGAUACAACUGCGAUAGUCAUACAUCUGAUCUGCGACUUGAUCGGUGUGGACCACGUCGGCAACGCCUUCACUCAACAAGCAAUUGCCAUGUCGCAGGAGAUCAAUCUGUUCAAAAGUCCAACCCACAUCAAAAGUAAGAGGAUGCGGAAUGCACGUAUACUGUCGGCAUGGGGGCUUUUUGACUGGUGUUUGUUUGAAGCAUAUCACAUGUUCCGAAUGCCGUUAUUAAAGGACCCACCUGAGAUGCCAUUUCCGGAUCCCUUGACAAACCCGGGCUUCCAUGAUGAGAUGUGGCUACGUUACCCACUCGCCACGUCGACCGUGCCUGCCUAUUACGCUCACACUAUCACCGCAAGGAGACAUCUCAGUCAGAUCAAGAACGAUGUUGUUUACAAAGUUCGAAGUUGGAAUGGAUUUGAAGAUCCGCUUCUAUUCAGUACCAUACUGCAAAUAGAGAACAGACUGAAGAAUUGGUUUCAGAACCUGCCGCCGGCUAUGCAGGCGAGGAACAUCGUUUUUCCACCGCAGCUAGAAGUUCACCUUGAAUAUCACAGCAUCAUUGUCGAGCUGUUCCGACGAGGCAGAACCGGGGCAGAUAGAUCCCUGUCCGCGAGGAGGAUUCUCGAAUCGAACAUUCGAAUGGAGACCAUCCUGCGAAUUUAUUACCUCCGUCAUAGCUUUGACAGCUUCACUAAUACCAUGAUGGUCUUCAUGGUCUACAUUGGCAACUUUGGCUCUCGAAGGCCUAAGCAGCAAUCAGCUGGACAACGCUAA